AUGUCAAGUGGAGAUGGUCAGCAAUCACAGGCUCUUACCAAGCCCUCUUUCAGUGAGAUACAAGCCUCUGCAUUAGUGGAAUCAGUAUUUGGGUUAAAAGUUUCCAAGAUCCAGCCACUUCCUAGCUAUGAUGACCAAAACUUUCAUGUAUGCAUUGCAAGAACCAAAGUCACUACAGAUGGCCCAAAUGAAUGUGUCCUCAAAAUAAGCAACACUGAAUCUAGCAAAACUCCAGACCUGAUUGAAGUGCAGAGUCAUAUCAUCAUGUUUCUGAGAGCAGCUGGAUUUCCAACAGCCUCUGUGUGCCGUACCAAAGGAGACAAUAUAACCUCUCUCGUGUCUGUAGAUAGUGGCUCCGAAGUCAAAAGCUACUUGGUGAGGCUGCUGACUUACCUCCCAGGAAGACCCAUAGCUGAGAUUCCCAUUGGCCCUCAGCUCUUAUAUGAAAUUGGAAAACUAGCUGCUAAGUUGGAUAAAACACUGGAGAAAUUUCAUCACCCAAAGCUAAGUAGUCUUCAUCGGGAGAACUUCAUCUGGAAUCUCAAAAGUGUUCCUCUUCUGGAGAAAUACCUCUUUGCCUUGGGCCAGAAUCGGAAUCGAGAGAUUGUUGAACAGGUCAUUCAGCUGUUCAAGGAUGAAGUGAUGACCAGUCUAGGUCAUUUUAGAGAAUGUAUCAUUCAUGGAGAUCUUAAUGACCACAACAUUUUAAUAGAGUCCAGCAAGUCAGCCUUUGGAGAAGCUGUUUAUCAGGUGUCUGGGAUUUUAGAUUUUGAUGACAUGAGCUAUGGCUACUAUGUGUUUGAAGUGGCGAUCACCAUCAUGUACAUGAUGAUUGAAAGCAAGACUCCUAUACAAGUAGGAGGUCAUGUCCUUGCCGGGUUUGAAAGUGUGGUCCCGCUGACUCCUGUGGAGAGGGGUGCUUUGUUUCUACUUGUAUGCAGUCGUUUUUGUCAGUCACUUGUCCUAGCUGCAUACUCUUGCCAGCUAUACCCAGAAAAUGAAGAGUAUCUCAUGAUUACUGCAAAAACCGGGUGGAAACACUUACAGCAAAUGUUUGACAUGGGCCAGAAAGCUGUAGAAGAAAUCUGGUUUGAAACUGCCAAGUCCUAUGAAUCUGGAAUCUCCAUGUGA